CACAGAUUUAGGGUUUAAAAUCGCCUCUGCCUGCGCCUAUGCGGCUAUACCUAUUCAGAACUCAGAAACCUCAGAAGUGUUGGUUCUUCUUCCUUCCCAGCAUCGCAAAGAGGAAUAAUUGAGAACCAUGUCUCUCAAGCUUUUGGCGCACGCCAAAACAAAAUUCAAUUCCUUCCUAAAGUUGUGCUCAACUUCUAUCAUCAAGGAUGAGAGCAAGUUUAUGGUGGCCCAGCUUCCAUUAUCAUGGGAAGUGGGCAAGGAAUUGGUGCAUUACUCAAUAAUUUCGAUCAAGGAUAAAUUUCCUAAACUCGAAAAACAUCUCAAAUAUCCAAUGGCCCGGGAUCUUGACCUUCCCUCAUCUAUUUGCAAUGGUUUGUUGCUGAUUUUGUUACCAGGAUCAUAUGAUAUAAAUACAGGCAAAACAAAAAAGCCUCCAGGGGAGGCAUUGUUGAACCCGACCACAGGGGAAUUUAAAAUCCUUCCUCCUCCACCUUCAAACUUCGACCCCAGAUUGCUCGAGCUCAAUGAUGACAAAAGAGAACAUUACCAACCCAAUCCAGCCGUAAUGGCCGAACUUUAUUCGCUCAGAAGUAAUUCAUGGAAACAAGUCAGUGUCGUUCAUCCUUUACGUAUUCCACGACACUCUGGUGUUCACGUAAACGGCACUUAUUACUGGUUAAAUCUCUCAGAUCCUCGGUUUAUCGUGUCUUUUGACUUUGCUACUGAGAAGUUUGCUUCCUCUGUUAUUCCUGCGCCCCCGAGUGACAAGCUCACUGGAAUAAAGGCAUAUCUUGAUAAUAUCGAGCUCGUGGAAUAUUGCGGGUUGCUCGGUGCUAUGGUUAUCUCGGGUCACGACACGUGGCCAAGAUCACUAGAAAAUAUGCGUAGUUUGGAAAUUUGGGUUUGGGAUGGCUCGUGGUCCCUGGUGUCCACGCUCACCGUCCCUCUUUUUGUGGGUUUAUGGACCCUCCUUGGGACUGAUAAAUUAAUUUUUUUGGACUCGAAUUGUAAUCCGAUGUGUUUUGAUUGUGCAACGGGCGAGUUGAAGAAGAUACAGAGUCUGCCUGCUUGUAUGAGGAUGCACAUUUUUCCUUUUGUGGAGAGCUAUGUUCCGCUCAAC